AAAUCUUCUCGCGACGAAAUCUAAAUCAUACCUUCUUCUUUCUCUGAUUCAACAUCAAAUCUCUCUCGCAAAAACUCUAAAGUCUCUCUUUCGAUUCUCUCUCUUUCGAUUCUCUCUUUCGAUUCUCUCUUUCGAUUCUCUCGUUCAAGAUGCAAAUUUUCGUGAAAACUCUCACCGGCAAGACCAUCACUCUCGAAGUCGAGAGCUCCGACACCAUCGAUAACGUCAAGGCUAAGAUCCAGGACAAGGAAGGUAUUCCUCCGGACCAGCAGAGGCUCAUCUUCGCCGGUAAACAGCUCGAGGAUGGACGUACCUUGGCCGACUACAACAUCCAGAAGGAGUCGACUCUCCAUCUCGUUCUCAGGUUGAGAGGUGGCAUGCAGAUCUUCGUCAAGACUUUGACGGGAAAGACCAUCACUCUCGAGGUUGAGAGCUCCGACACUAUUGACAAUGUCAAGGCGAAGAUACAGGACAAGGAAGGCAUCCCUCCGGAUCAGCAGAGGCUUAUUUUUGCUGGUAAGCAGCUGGAGGAUGGUCGCACGCUCGCUGACUACAACAUCCAGAAGGAGUCGACGCUUCACCUUGUCUUGCGUCUUCGUGGUGGUAUGCAAAUCUUUGUCAAGACCCUCACCGGUAAAACCAUUACUUUGGAGGUUGAGAGCUCAGACACCAUUGAUAACGUCAAGGCUAAGAUCCAGGAUAAAGAGGGUAUCCCACCGGACCAGCAGAGGCUCAUCUUUGCCGGUAAGCAGCUGGAGGAUGGACGCACGCUAGCUGACUACAACAUUCAGAAAGAGUCUACGCUGCAUCUUGUGCUUCGACUCAGAGGUGGCAUGCAGAUUUUUGUGAAGACCCUCACUGGCAAAACCAUCACUUUGGAGGUGGAGAGCUCUGACACGAUCGAUAACGUCAAGGCAAAGAUUCAGGACAAAGAGGGUAUCCCACCAGACCAACAAAGACUUAUCUUCGCCGGGAAGCAGCUAGAAGACGGACGUACUCUUGCGGAUUACAACAUUCAGAAAGAGUCUACGCUGCAUCUUGUGCUUCGUCUCCGUGGUGGUAUGCAGAUUUUUGUUAAGACCCUCACCGGCAAAACCAUCACUUUGGAGGUUGAGAGCUCAGACACAAUCGAUAAUGUCAAGGCUAAGAUUCAGGACAAGGAAGGGAUCCCACCAGAUCAGCAGAGACUCAUCUUCGCCGGUAAGCAGCUUGAGGAUGGUCGCACGCUUGCUGACUACAAUAUCCAAAAGGAGUCGACUCUUCACUUGGUUCUUCGUCUUCGUGGUGGAAGCUUCUGAGCUUUUAUGUGAUCUUUGUGGUCAAAAGUGGUGUUCUUUGAGCUUCGUUAAUGCACUUGGGAGGUGAUCUCUGUUUGCUUCUGCAAAAAUGGAUUAUCUGUUUCGUCAUGUUUUUCAUGUUCUGUUUUCUUUAUUUUCUUUUCGUUGUGAACCUUUUGGUUGGGCUCUUAAUGGCCCCUUUAUGUUUUAAGUCUAAAUAAUAAUCCAAGUGCUUGCGAACCCAAGAAA